AAUAGGAGAACUUGAAAAGUUGCUCCAUAUUUUCCACGUGUCAACAACAAUGUCAACAACAAAUACCGCAACUACAGUGAUACCAAAACAACAACAUGAAUCAUGAAUGAGAAAAGCAUUGACGAGAACAAUAUUUGAGUUUUCUUGUAUGACAACAUCUACAACGACAACAGCAAACAACAGCAAAGGUGGCAAUGGCGAUGGGAGCAGCACCGAACAGCAGGAUGCAGUGAGAGCAACAGAAAUCGUCAGAAGCAGAAGAAGUGAAAGCCGCAGGAGCAAGUCACAGUGUGCAGUUAGAGCAGCAAGAAGCGGUACCCGCAGAUCCAAGGUGCGGGAUGCAGCAGCAGGAGCAGGAGGAGGAGGAACAGCGACAAUUUGUUAUGAUCCCGUGUAUCGUGUAGCUGUCCAGGAUGAUGGGAUGGAGAAGGUGAUUGACGACUCAGUGGGGGGAAUGUCUUAUGGCUUGCCGAGAAUGGGGACCAUGUGCCGCUGUUCACGCAAGCACCUUUGGCUGGUGUUGCGGCAGGUUGUGGCAUCCUACAGCUAUGCAACCUCCGCAAUGUCCCCCCAUUCCCUCUUGCCCUGUUGUUUUUGUUCUCAGUCGAUGGUGCGAGCAAUAGUGGCUGCUUUCGAUUGCGGUAGCGAGGGGGCCAACUUCGCUUCUGCGGCUUGUAGCAUGGCUGUUGGUGCGGAAAACCGGCGAGGUGUGAGUCCGCAUCAUCCUCAUCACUCUGAGAUAUGGAAGGUGGAUGGGGAGGAGGUCCCCAAAACUCUGGAAAAGAAGCCUGCGACACCAUCGCUUCAAAUAUGCCACUGCUUGGCGUACCGGUGUCUCGGCGUUAUCAAAGCAGAGAUGGAGGAGUUGAGGCCCUUGAGGGGUCAGAUGGAUUUGAGUUGUACCCUGCCUACCAUCUUUCCUGCUAUUCAGCUGAGAAGGGUGGUGCUUCUCCCAAGAGAACGAGCUUCAUCAACAUCACUACACUUCGUCUUGUCCUCAUCGUCUUCAUCAUUGUCAUCAUCCUCGUCAUCGCCAUCGGUGUGGCAGCAGCGCUGUUACACCUCUUUUCCGGCUGCUCCCUCUCCUUUUCCUUUCGGUUCAUUUUCUUCCGAAACACGAGCGGGAUUCGCACCCACUGCUACGCAACUGACUUCCAGCGAUGAAGACCUCCGGGCCUCCAGUUUUGCAGGGGAACCUGCUUCAAAAAAUUCACCCUCUAGCUCACAGAACUGGCCUUCCAGGGGUCCGUUGGCUGUGUACAACCAGAUGGUCAGGGAUGCCAAGCUUGUGGCGGGUGACGUGAACCAAGAGAACGUGUUGCAGGCGCUGCAGAAGGUGUAUGAUGAUAUCAUGACCCAUGUUGUUCUGCGUACCAAUUCAUCCUCCUCCUCUUCUGGAAAUUACGAUGAAUCGUCCAGCAGUGGCAGCAGUGCCGGUGCAGGUUGGGGUGGGGGAAGAUGGCUGCUGUCAAGCUUGUUGGGUGGCCGCAGAAGCAGCAGAGCAGAUGCAGCGCAGUGGUCUCCCGUACGCGGGUUGUAUUUGUAUGGUGGUGUAGGAACGGGGAAGACGAUGCUGAUGGACAUGUUCUAUGACGAGCUACCGCCCGAUCCUUCCGACUCGCUUUCCUCGUCCGGUGCUGUGUUAAAGAAGCAGCGCAUCCACUUUCACGAUUUCAUGAUAGAUAUUCACCGAAGGCUGCAGAAACAGAGGGGCAAGGCGGAUCCGUUAGAUGCGGUUUCCGAUGAAAUUGUCGAGGAGGCAACCGUUCUCUGUCUUGACGAGUUCAUGGUUACCGAUGUGGCCGAUGCCAUGAUCCUGAAUCGACUGUUUCGUCACCUCUUUUCGAAAGGAUUGAUCCUCGUCUCGACGUCCAACAGACCCCCAGACAGACUGUACGAGGGUGGGCUGCAACGGAAUCUGUUCCUCCCGUUCAUCGAGCUCCUUAAGGAGCGAUGUGUUGCACAUGAGAUCCGUUCGAAGACAGAUUAUCGCAAGCUCACGGAUGCGCAGCAAGGGUUGUGUUUCCUGGGUCCGAAUGGUGCGGGACUCCUUGAGGAGAAGUUCCGUGCUCUGACGGGGGGUGCAUCCAUUGACCCACCCUCGUUUAUAGUGGUCGCAAUGGGCAGGAAACUGCACAUUCCCAAGGCAGCGAGAGGUUGCGCCUACUUCAAGUUCCACGAACUCUGCGAGCAAGCGAUUGGUGCUGCGGACUACUUCUCUCUUUGCCGUGAAUAUCACACGAUUUUCUUAGAAGGUGUUCCGAAGCUUGGCGCGCACAACCGGUCCGCCGCGUAUCGAUUUGUCACGCUUGUUGAUGUCAUGUACGAGCACCGAACAAGGUUUGUGCAUUCAGCGAAAGAAUCCCCUCUAGUGUUGUUUGAGAGGAUAGUCACUUUGGCAGACUCCAAAGCGGCGGGAGGUGGUCUUGGUCCUGAUGUAUGCGUCGACAAUGAGCUUGGCUUCGCUAAGGACCGGACAAUAAGCAGGCUAACAGAGAUGCAGAGCAUAGAGUACAUAGAAGUAUGGCAGAAGAAUUAUGCAGACAGGGGGGUGUCAGCAAUGGACACCGGACUUGGCACUGCUACAGGUGCCAGUGUUACGAGGAGGAGAACAGACAUCGAACGCCCACACUUUGAAAGUGCUGUGGAGUAGCACUUAUGUCCACAAUCGUUAGUUUCUCCGAUGACAAGUGUUGAAAAGGUUGGCGUGGCGUGGUUGGACCUUUAUUAGUAGUGUAGUGCCUUGGAGUUGUAUUGUUGAUUCUUCCGAUCACUUUCUGAUGUUUCUGUUCACUAUCUUUAAUAGAUAAUCAGGAUGCUUUGUGCGAGGCUUUGCAUCUCAGAGUAGUAUACGCAGCAAAGUGUCCAUGGUGCGGAGUGGGUGCAAUACACAUAUGCUACCCUCCUCGCCGCACCACCGUCUGUUCCUGUCGUAUGCCCGUCUCGUACAAUAUUUGUUACGUUAGCCAGGCUAUGGACACCUGGCGCUUUUGUACAAUACAGCAAUGGGUGCAUGCCACUGGAGUCAAAGGUAUUGCACCGGUCGGUCAGACAGUCGGGCAGGUGUUGGAUGAGCUGAUGGCGCUGCCAACCGUGUUUGUUUUCCACAGCAAGGCAGAAGAUCAGGGGCGAAACUGCAAAGGCAGGUUUUAGGGAAAAGUCGUACCUGACAAUGUUUUGGGCCAUGGGGGAGAUGUGGACAUUGGACAUAAAUGAAGAGCACAGAGGGCU